AUGUCAGCAGACGAAGAUUCCGUGCCAGCCUCUCCCGACUCUCUAUUCGACGAGCCGCUCAUUUCCCCCGCCUCCCUGACCGCCCCGCCCAUCCCCGGCCUGUUUUUCUCGCCCUCGCUGCUCCUGCCGAUCGAGCUUGCGGACCGCGUAUUCACUUUCUGUUCUGAGCGAUACUUCAAGCGGCCUGGUGUCAAUCAGGUCAUGCUUUUUGGCGAGGAGAUGAUUCCUGCGCCACUAUUGGACCUACUUUCCGCACUGUCCCCCUUUCUUCGACCUGCUCUGCCACACGGGGUCCACGAGCUUCUGUUUCCAGCGGCGCCCACAAUGGCGCGGCAAGCGAUUGUCAAUUUGUACAAUCCGGGAGAGGGAAUAUCGUCCCAUGUCGACCUGCUGGGCCGCUACGCGGACGGAAUUGUGGGCGUAAGCCUCGGGAGUGCAUGUGUCAUGCACUUCACGCGUACUAGUAGUACAAUGGGUGAAGAGCAGACCGCGGAUGUGUUCCUCCCGGAACGCAGUGUUAUUGUGCUCUCCGGUGAAGCGCGGUAUAAAUGGGCGCAUGGAAUCGAGCGACGUUUCGAGGAUGUGGUGAAUGGAGAGAAUGCAUCGGUUGUGUCAGUGCCUCGAGGGUUGCGCAUCAGUGUGACGUUUCGCUGGCUGCUUCCUGGCGCUGACGUCGUGGGCGAACAUGAGCCUUGA